AUGGAGGAUCGAAAUAAAUUGCAAUCAGAAUGGAAAAGACCAGACGAAGUAAUGCAGUUGCAUCGUUUAAAAAUGAAGAAGCGUGCCCUACAAGCACGUAUAAACAAUACACGCAUUAAUAAGAAAAAUUUAGAAUCAGAGCCUACACAAAAAUCCAAUAAUCAAAAUAUUGUGUCCAAUCAUUGUGUAGGUCAAAAGCGAAAGAAUCCUUUCAUUAAAGAUGAAACAGAUAAAAAGUUUAAUAUAACACCUCCAGACAUAGAAGCUAGUAAUGAUAAUACACUAUUUGAAUUAUUAAAAAUAAAAGUCCCAAAAGUGAGUGAAACAGAAAACUCAAUAAAUGAUUGUUCUUUAACAUUUAGCAAUGCAUUUUUACAAUUGGAAGCAAGUAAGAAUAUUUUGGAUUUAGAAAUACCGAAAGGUGAAAAAUAUAUUCCAAUAGAUUGGACUUUAAAAACUAAAAUGAGAUUUAUGUCUCCAAAACCAUUUCCUUGGAAUUGUAAAUUGAAAACUAGCGAAGAAGCUUCUGGUACUACUGGUUUCGUAAGAUGUUUGGAUAUUAGUGAACAACAUUCAACUUUAGAUACUAGUCCAAAUGCAAGGUUACACCAAUGCUGUUUAAUAUGGCAGCACCCUUCAUUACCAUGGUUGGAGUUAUUUCCUCGUUCUACUGGGAAAGUAAGUGCAAAUUUAACAAGUAAUUCUAUGAUAGUAAACAACAUGCUCAUUAAAGAAGCUUUAUACAAAGAAUGGAGUGAAAGCUUUAGGUCACUUUUUCAUUUAUUGAGAGCACGACAAUGUCCAUAUUUUUAUGUUUGUGCGACCAAUUUUACUGUAUUAUUCCGCGCUGCUGGAAUUUGUGGAAUUUCUGAAGCUCAUGCACUUUUGACACCUACAACACGUGGCUUUCGACAGUCUUUAAAACAGGAAGAAAUUGAAUAUACAAUGCCUUUGAGAAAAGAUUGUAAACGGCAAUCAGAUGUAACUGAUUCAGGAUGUGAUACAGCAGAUUCAGCUACAUCAUUGAGCUAUACAGAGAAUCAAAAUCUUGAUGAUGAGGAAGAUGAAACACAAGAUGAAUGGCUACAGAGCUUAGGAGUUGAAAAUUCUGAAAUUCGUAAAAUUAAUAAUUCUCAAGCAAGAAUGACAUUAGAAAAAGAAACUGAACUGGACAAUAUGAAACAAUCCUUGAUUUUUGUAAAAGGUGUAGAGUCACAAGCUUUAUUUAACUUUUUAAUUAAUUGUAAAUCUGCUAUUACAACAACUGGUCCUUUAGCAGGAGUACCUCCAACUCUUUUAUCACCAGUAGCUUUUCACGGCGCAACAUUAAAGCCAAUUAGGGUUAAAGAAAGCAUAGUUCGUGUUGACAGUGAAAAAUAUUUUUCUCUGGAAUUAAAAGGACCCCUCCUACCACAUGUCUUACCUUCACUCUGUUCUUUAAUGAAAUCUAGUCAGUUAGAACAAUAUUCUGCAAGUUGUGCACGGUUACACUCAACAACUUCAUUUUCAGCAAUGAAAAAUAAUUUUGAACAAAUGGAAUUAGGAAAUAUACCAAAAAUUCCAGAAAAUGUUUUUGGUAAAGAGAAUUUGAGCGAUUGUGGAUUCAGUAGCGAGUUAUUAAAGGAUUUUUGUAGUCCUAACCCAACAAAUAUUCAAAUUAUAGAAAAUAUUAAAUUUUCAAAUAAUUCGUAUACAUGGUCUUGACAAAUAAUUGUAAUAAUGUAGGAGAUUAUAGCAAAGUUUUAAUUGAUUAUAUUUAUUAAUUAGUUUGAAGAAAAGAAUUUAGAUAUUAGGAUAAUAUGAUUUAUUCUCAAAACUAAUCAUCAAUGAAAUCAAUUAAUCGAAGUUAUUUGGAGAUUUAAAAUUCAUUGGGCCAGUGAACAUCAAAUUAAAAUAUUAAAUAUAAGGAUCAUCCGAUGUUAACAUAAUAUUAAUUAGGACAGUAAUAAUUAUUACCAUUGCUAUUGAAAUCUAUACAUUGACUACAAUAAUGAUUAAAUGUAUAACAGAUCAUUUACAAAACUGGCACUAUAUUAAAAUCAGUAGAAUAACCAUAAUUUGUGAAAAUUUUUUAAUGAAACAGUUAUUUUACUGUGUAAUAAAUAUUUAACAAUAAAUGAUAAUCGUUUAUUCGAUCUGUUUUAAAACAAAGUCGCUAUAAAAUUUAAAUACUUUAAAACUAUAUUCUAUCUUACCGUUGUUUCAAUCUAAUUAUAUUUGUUAAUUAAUUACAGUAGAUGCACUGUAGAUGCACUGUAGAUGCACAGAAGAUGCAAGUUAGUUUUUAUAUAAAACAUGUGCAGAAAAUAAUAAUUAAUAAACUAUUAUAACU